CUGUUUAUUUUACUAGUGAUAACACAGUAAACAGAUGUUCUUUGUAGGCUAAAAUGUUUGUUUGUUGUCAUGCAUAACAGAGCAGUUCUAUGACAUUAUAUUACAUAGGUUAUGUAUGUUACAUAGGUUAUGUAUGUUACAUAGGUUAUGAUGUAAUGCAGCUCCUGUUAGGUUUCAUAACACAAUGAUUGUGCAGUUAUACAACUAUUACACAGCUGAUAGAAACAUACCGAGUGUGUGUUUGUGUUCACUGGACAGAGGAGUUACAAGUGAGGAUGCAGUCUCAGGUGCGCAGGUCAGUCGCUGAUGCGCUGUGGGGCAUGUGUGCGGCGGACGCUAUGUCGAUGCCCGUUCACUGGUACUACAACACCCAUGACAUCAGAUCCGACUUCGGUGGCUGGAUCAGUGGAUUCAAUGCCCCGCGAGACCGACACCCAUCCAGCAUACUCACCCUGUCCAAUUCAGCUGGCAGCGGGCGCACGGGCUUGUCGUCUGGUGCCAGGGCUCCUGUGGUGGGUAAUGUGAUUCUACAUGAUAAGCUGAAGUUCUGGACGGCUCAGAGAGGAUCAGUACAUUACCAUCAAGGUCUGAAAGCGGGCGAGAACACCCUGAACACUCUAUGUGCUCUGCGGGUGGCGCGGGUUCUGAGCGCCGGUCGGUUUGUCAGUGUUACGGAUCCUGAAGCGAGAGCUGCUGUUCUGUCAGAUUACGUUCAGUUCAUGACGUGUCCCGGAACACACGACGACACGUAUGCAGAAUCCUUUCACAGAUCAUUCUUCUCGGAUUGGCAGGAAUUCAAACCCACCACACCGAAAGAGAUUCUGGAGUUUGCAGAGCGGCGCUCCCAACGCAUGAUGAACGUGUCAUUUCCUGACGGUCAACUGAACGCUAUUGGUUGUCUGCCUAUGACCAUCCCAUUUGUCCUGCUUUCUGCCUCAGCUAAUCAGGAGGAGUCAGUGUCUGCUGCAGUGACGUUUGUGAAAGUCACUCACCCUCAUCCGAAGCUGGAGCAGUUUGUGUCUCUGUAUGUGGGAGUGCUCCACGGCACACUGAACGGAGCGUGUCUGAAGCAGCAGGCGGAGAAUGCCCUGAAAUCACCCGUGCUGGACGCCUGGGACACAUGCCAACCCUUUAUACAGCGUGCAGAGAGGUUUCCAGCAUCAUCAGAAGAAAGACUGAAGGUUCAUCAGAGAGCCGUGGAGUCGCUCGGUCUCGCCUGUUACACACAAGGAGCUCUCAGCAGUCUGUUUUACUUGGCAUACAUCUUUCAUAAUGAUGUGGCGGGGGGGAUCCUGACCAACACUAACUGUGGAGGUGAGAACUGUAACAGAGGUGCUGCUUUAGGAGCUCUUCUGGGUGCCAGAGCGGCGUAUAUCAACUCGAGCAUGCCGCAGGAGUGGAGAGACACGCUGAUAAAUGCCCCGGGGCAAAUCUCUCACAUCCUGCAGGAUCUGCCCUAAAAAUGAUUCUGUCUGUUUGACUCUCAAACUCCUUUUACUUUGUGCUCUUUACUCUACACACACACACAUGCACAGGAAGUGAUGCCCACAGAUGUGGUUUCCAUCCUGCAGUGAACGAGACUUCCCCUCUGAACGCAUUAGAAACAGCGUCUUAUUCUCAACACGAGAGAAUGAUGAACACACACAUCUUCACUAGCAUGUGGCUGCACACUUGUGUUGUUAAUGUUACUUUCUGUUGUGAUUCAAAUAUCUCAAUCUACACUUUACACUUUAUUUUCAUAUAUUUCACAUAUAGUUGCUGAAAAUGGCAUUACUCCGCUUAAAGUGAGUUUGCUUAAACUUCUGUCAUGGUUCAUAUUUUGCACUAUUAAUGGAGUUUAUUGCAGUUCUUCUGUAAUAUCAAGCAGUUUCUAUUAUCGAGUGUCUUUUGCUCGUUAUUCACGUGAUUUCAUUCAGAUUCAUUUAGUGUUUGAGACUUUCAGGCACUGAUGUAUGCUUUUAUUCUUGUAAUCAUGUUUAUAUUUGACAUUGGUUAAAAAUAAAAGUGUAUGGCAGUGAGACGUGUUUAAUUUGAUGUAUAAACCGCACAUCUCUCUGUGGUGUUACAGUAGCACGUAAAGAGCUGCUCGUCUCUCGCUACGUUCUGAACUUCAAGAUUUUCGACUAGAUUUACAUUUCCUGGAGGAAACAGCAGCUGAUGUUCAAUGUUUUAGGUAAAAUUAUAGAAGAGUUUUAAAUUCAAAGAGACGUUAUAGAAAUACGGAUGCAUCGUGCAAUUGUUACUUCAUCACUGUUGUUACAUUCUGAAUAUUCUAUCAAGAUUGAUCUGUAAAUUGCACCAUUGAUUUACUAUAAAAUAAGCACAUUUAUGUGAUCUUCACUUAAUCCUGAGUGUCAAACAUCACAAUAUGUCAUGCAUUGGGGUCUCUGGUGACAUCUGCUGGAAUAUUCUGCAUUGUGGAUGUUUUAUAGUCUCACCCCUUCAUUUAUGUGUGUCUGAUUUAUUGAUUUAUAUUUGACUAAUUCAAUUAUGUCCCAUUCAUUUCCUAUGGCAGGUCACUUUUGACCCGUUUUAUUUUUUCUACGACCACUUGUAGACUUCUCGAAUCAAGUCCAGAUGUCUUGUGUUUUACAGCUAGUGGAGGAAACGUCACCAAGUCUUGUUCCAUGCGUAAAGGAUAACAUUUGA